AUGCAAAGUGUUCGUCAAUCAGAACCUAUUCAACCGGUACAUCAACCUCAUAAUGAUAUUGAACCAUCGUCAACACAUCGACGAACAACUUUUGAACGUUUAUUUGAAAAAUCAAUGCCACAGAAACAAUCAAUUUGGAAUUCAACACAAAAAGAUACAUAUGUUUCUGAUAUUAUUAAUGUUCAAAGUUUACUUAAUGUUCGAGCAAUAGAAUCUCAACAACGUAAACGUGAAACUAAUAAUUUAUUGGAAGAACGUAUUAUAAUAAAUUUAUGUGGUGAUCGUUAUGAAACUCAUCGUACGACACUUGAACUGUAUCCUAAUACUUUACUGGGAAAUCGUAAACGACGUAAAUAUUAUUAUGAUAAAACUCGUAAGGAAUAUUUUUUUGAUCGAAAUCGUGCUUGUUUUGAAGCUAUACUUUAUUAUUAUCAAUCACAUGGUCGUUUAAGACGACCUGCUUAUGUUCCAAUUGAUGUAUUUCUUGAAGAAGUAACUUUCUUUCAAUUAGGAGAAGAAGCUCUUAUUCAAUUACGAAAAGAUGAAAAUCUAAAAGAAGUUAAAAAAGUUCAAUUACCUAAAAAUCGUUUUCGAAGACAUAUAUGGGCAACUAUGGAAUAUCCUGAUUAUUCGAUAACGGCUAAAAUUGUAAAUAUUUUUUCAUUACUUAUAAUUCUUAUUUCAACUAUUUCACUUGCAAUUGAAUCAUUACCACAAUAUGAUGAAAUGGAAGUAAAAGUUUGUGAAAAUGAAAGACAUAUAUUUGAUGCAAUUAAUAGAACGAACACAAAUGGAACAGAUAAUGCUUAUUUUUUUUGUCGUGGAUAUUUUACACAACCAUUUUUUAUUAUUCAAUCUAUAUGUGUUGGACUUUUUACAAUUGAACUAGUUCUUCGUAUAAUAAGUACACCAUCAUUGCUUAUCUAUGUAAAAAAUCCUAUGAAUUGGAUUGAUAUUUUAGCUGUUAUACCAUAUUAUAUUUUCGUAGUUUUUCAUUUAGCUGGUUAUCAAGCUGAACUCUAUACAACAGCCUAUCUUUGUUUUCGUCUUCUACGUAGUCUUCGUUUUGUACGUAUUUUCAAAUUUUAUCGUGUAUUUAAAAAUGUUAAAUCUUUACGUGUAUUAACAUCAACAAUUAAACAAUCGAUACCAGAUUUUCUUAUAAUGAUUGUUAUUUUAACAUUAGUAAGUUUUCUUUUCGGUUCAGCGGCUUAUUUUGCUGAAAAUGAUACGAAUGGAGCCGCAUUUGAUUCUAUAUUUAAAGCGACAUACUGGGGAAUUAUAACAAUAACUAGUGUUGGAUAUGGUGAUAUAUAUCCAAUUACACCAAUUGGUCGAGUAAUAUCAUGUUUAUGUGCAUUAUUUGGUGCAGCAACAAUUGGUAUGCUUGUAUCAGUUCUUGUUGAUCGAUAUCAACGUGUUUUUGCUCGAAGAUUAUAUGUAAAUGAUGAUGAUGAUGUUGAUUUACAUGAGUAUUCCGAUGAUGAAAGUAGUGGUAUAGACUCUAGAGCUGGUUCAGGGCGACUUCCACGACGUAAUAAUUCAAAACUAAUUGAAGAUCCUGAUGCAAGAGCAAAAGCAAAUGCUGCAUUUGAAACAGAUGAUAAUACAAUGGAAAUAACUCCUCCAAUAAAUACACAAGAUAUUGUCGAAAAUCCAUUACAUCAAUCUACUACUCGUACUCAUUUUAUUAUCGGUUAUGUUGAUAAAGAAGAAUAUGAUAGAUCACUUAAUUUAUUAGAAGCAAUCAAAUCUAUUAUUACUCUCAAACAAACUAAUGGUACUAAUAUUCAAUUAAAUGUCAUAUCUAAUGAUCAACAACAAUCAUCAUCACCACAUAACGUUCGAUUUCAACUUUCAACAUCUUCCAAUGAAAAUUCCGAUGAUGACGAUGAUGAUGAAUUAACACAAAUUGUUGCAGGUCCCGGAAAUAAAGGAAAUGUACUGAAAUCAUUUCAGACUCCACUAUCAUCAAAUUAUAGUAAAUAUUUAGAUACCGCUGAAAAACUUAUUUAA